AUGGUGUCUAAUGGUCUAAUGCCAAUGGACAAUGACAAUGGUAUCUGAUGGUUGCUGAUGGUGUUGGUACGAACGAUCUUCAACUAAAAGUUUGUUACCUGGCCUAUCAUUUUUAGCCGUGAAAAUGUUUAUCCGUGACACAUAAACGUCAACGUAGACGUGUUGCGAUUUUGUGUUGAAUAUAAAUGAAAAAAAGGUCAGCCUUUUUGGAAGAGAAACAUCGUUUCUUCGCGACGAUAUAGUUGCGUUGCUCGUUGAGCGGGAACCGUCGAAUAUCACACAAUGGCAGAUUUCGACGCGAUCUACGAAGAAGAGGAAGAAAAUGAACAGAAUUUGGAAGAACAUUAUGUGACGAUGGUGCCAGAUCCUAUUGUUAUUCGUGGUGCUGGUAAUAUGACUGUAUUUGGGCUUAGCAAUCGUUUUGAAUCAGAAUUUCCAAAUGGCCUGGUGUCACGUGUUGCUCCAGAAGAAUUUAAAGCAACAGUCAUGAGGAUGAACAGUGUACUCAAAAAAACUUUACCAGUUAAUGUUAAGUGGUUAUUCUGUGGUUGUGUUUGCUGCUGCUGUACACUAGGUUGUUCUCUUUGGCCUGUCAUCUGUUUGAGUAAAAGGACACAGCACUCGUUAAACAAAUUAUUAGAAUGGGAGAACAGUAGGCUUUAUCACAAACUCGGAUUGCAUUGGAAGUUGGCAAAACAGAGAUGUGAUACUUCGUCCAUGAUGGAAUAUGUUCUUUUAAUUGAAUUUAUUCCAAAAAUACCCAUAUACAAACCUGACUAAAACCAAGAUCUGGAUUCGUACAUAAUAAAUCACAGAAAACCUAAGACAUGCAAAAAGCCAAGUAUUUUUGGCUAAAUUUGAAAUGAGAGCAUGUAAAGUACUACUAUAGAUAGCGUUUGCGGGAUGCAUAUUUUUGUAAAUAUUAUAUGUAGGAUUGCACAGUACAAUAACGAGAUAUGAAUGUGAAAUAACUAUGAUAUAUUAGUUUCAUCCCUUAAAAUUUAUUUGGCAAAGAUUCUAUAAGUAUGGACAAUUAAUCCAUUCGUUUUUUAUUAUGAAGAAUUUUUUUUUUAAUCUAAUGUUAUCCUAUUGGAAACAAACAUAUUAGUAGAUAUUUACUGUUUUACACAGAAAAUAUUGCAAAGUAGGAUGAUAUACAUGUUUAAAGGUGUUGCUCGAUGUCCAAUUUGCUAGUCAUUGAACAUAAGUAACUUGAACAUUUUCAUUUUUCCAUUAAUAAUUUCUCAAUAUGUACACUUUUUAAGUAGACACUAAGCUUUUCAGGUAAGAAAUUAAGCUGAUACAGUACAACGAAUGCAUUGAAAUAUUUGUAAUAUGGAUGGGAGAAAUAACCAUUGAGAAAUCUUUAUAUACUUGCAACAUGCAAAAUGUUCAUGUACCAUUUGUACAUACUUAUGUAUACAAUAUAGAAACUUAUUUUGUCUAUAGGUUGAUUUAUUACCGUGGUGAUAUUAGAAAGUACGAUGCAUACAGAUAUGUUUCACUUUUUGACAUAAAUUUGACAUUAUAAUUUAAGAUAUUUAAUAUAUGCUUUCUGAAUAAUAACAAAAGCAACGUUUGACAAAUUAUACGAGAUAAAGUAUCUUGCAUUCGAAUAAAGAAUUAAUUUCUUGAUUGUCAAUAGUAAUGUUUAGAAAUUACAAUUUUCUAUCAAAUAAAAAAAUGCAAUCAUUGUACGUUCUUUAUAUAUUAAGUAAAGAUUUAGGCAUUUCUCAUAAUAUAUUUAUCACGGAGUUCGCUUAAACUUUUAACUAAUUUUUUCACCAUUUAAUAUUUUAUGUCGCAUCAUAUGAUUCUGCACAGACACUUCUUUAAAACGAAUAACAUUUUUUUAGAUAAGAAUUUUGAUUGCCAUAUAGAAAUUAAGAUCAAACUCACAGAGGUUAGUUAUGACGAAAGAUUUGUAGAACACGUGAAAAUUUUAAAAGUAAUAGAAAUCUUUACGUUGCUAUUCAGCGGCUGUGAUUGAGAAUAUAAGACUAGUUUUCAAUUCAAAUGUGUAUAUUAUACAUGUCUUAACGAUUACACACAUCUGAGCUUUUAGUUGCCCUGCAUAAGCGCGGCAACUUCGAAUUUCUUUAAUAGACGUACUUAAUUUGCAAAAUUAUAAAUUAUAAUAUUAGUUUUUUUUUUUUAUACUAGAACAAUAAUGUAAUACAUAAUACAAUAAUUGACGCAAAUGUUCACGUUUUAAAAUAUAGAUUUAGGAAAUAUUAUGUUGCAUUUAUUAAAUCAAUAUAUCAAAGCAAUUAGUUUAUAAAUAACUACGAAUUAAACGUAUUAAACGAUCGACAGAAACUAUAACUACCGAUAUACCAUAUGCAACGUAACUUUUAAAAUCUUGAUGCAAAAAUUAAUUGAGAUAGAAAAAUGUUUUUAAAUGUACUGUGCAAUGGAACCAUGAAUGUAAAAAGGUUUGAUCUUUUGCGUGUUCGAAAGUUAUAAAAUUAGAACUGUGCAGAAUUGAUCAGUGUAAAUGUCAACGUGCUUCUGUGUUGUGUAUUAGUAACUUGUACACACAUAAUCUUUGUUUUAUUAAUUUCUUUUUACGAAAAUAUGUCGUUUAUAAAACUUAUUAAUUUUUAUAGAGUGCAAAUAUUUUCGAACGUUCGUAAACGUGUAAAUGUAAAUAUAGUAUCGAUAAACGAUAGGUAAAAACGAAGUUGAUUCUUUGUUAGUUAAAAGAUACAAAUUCAUAUUCCAAUUGAAUAUUGUGAUUAUACUAAAUUGAUAAAAAUUAAAAAAUAUUCGUUUGCAUUAUAUGUUAAUAAAUAUCUUGUACUGUUUCCUUUUGUAAGUAAAUUUAGAUUAUCGCACAUUUUUAUGAGUGUGGCUGUAAAUAUGUUGAAAACACUUAUAUUUACAUUUAAAUAUGAAAAAAAAACUACCGAUACGCAGAUAAAUAAGCAACAAUUAUAACAAGUUUAGAAUUUCCUAAAUAAAUAUAUUUAUAGAAUUGUUUCAAAGAGUACAUUGAAUCUAACGAAUUUACUAGUAUUUGGACAAGUAAACAUUGUUAUCAAAAAAAAAAAAA